AUGGAUCCCGAAAUUUUGAACUGGCUCACGCCCGUCGACUAUCAGGACGUGCAAGACGAGACUUUACAGCGGCAGCAGCCUGGGACCUCGCAGUGGCUCAUCGACACAGCUAAGUACAAAACAUGGCUUAACACUCCACGUUGCACCCUUGUUUGCUGGGGCUCGCCCGGGGUAGGAAAGACGGUCCUCGCAUCCUUUGUUGUCGAUCAACUGGCGCGGCGCCGCUCAACAAACAAUUCGCGACUCGGCCUUGGCUUUAUAUUCUUUCGAAUCAGUGACUCUGGAGAUCAGCGAGCCGAGGGUCACUUUUUCUUAACAUUGUUGAAGCAGUUGGCCCAGCACCAAACAAUGACGCCUCAGGCGUUGCAAGAUCUGUAUGAUACGCAUCGCACCACUGGGCUGCGCCCUUCGGUCCCCGACAUCUUGGCAGUCCUCCAGUCGGUGGCCAGGCUCUACGAUAGAGUCUUUUUCGUUAUCGACGCUCUUGACGAAUGUCCCAACGACUCCCGAGAGGAGCUUCUGUCGGCUAUGUCCGUGCUCCAGAGCGGCGUUGGAGUUAACUUCUUCGCUACGUCCCGGAGGGAUGAGGAUAUCCCCCGCACUCAUCCACCACGGUGGUAG